AUGCUCAAGGACAAAAUGCCUCCCAACGUGCUCUUCGGCUCUCGUCGUCGCGCGCCCGAGAUGGUGGGGCUUAUGUUACUGUUGGUGACCGCGUUCUCGAUGGUGGGACGUGUUGUGUAUCUUUCGAAACGCCAAACGCAGAUCAUACAACCGACCCGAGCACCGCAUGUUUACGACAACCAGGAUACUAAGAGCAAGUGCUACACACAACGCGAUGUUGGUAUCAUCCCAGCAGUUCGACAAGCAGCCAAGAACUUCUGUGUCAAUGGAGGUUGGGACAAGGAGAAGCAGAAGCCUGUGAGUCAUAGCAAAGCUACAAAGGUAUCGACGUUCCGAGUUGGAGGAGGUAUCAGGAGUGCCACGUUCCAGAACCUCAUGCUGGAUUUGGUAGACGUUAAGAUCAAUUCACCAAUCGCGAGUAUGGCGCAAGACGGUGGCACACACGACCCGAGAUUUAACUUUAACCCUAAGAUGAUUAACUGUGCAUGCGACGAAUUUGCUGCUUACUUCAGCCACCUGCCGGGUGAUAAGGAGCGCCGAGGAGAGCAAGUGUGGCAGCCAUCUCUCAUGCUCUUCCCGGGUAAUGGCGUCCCUUUGUCCAGUAUCUGUUCACCAAAACGCCCCGAAAACUCCAGUCGCUCAGCUUGGGAUUUCGUUAAGAACCCAUUGCAGACACCAGAUAAUAACGAGACGGUGGUGUUCGAAGACCCCGUGGUGCUCAUUGCGCGUCGGGACGACCAUAACCCGUUCUUCCAGAUCUCGUACGCUCUUAACUCGUGGAUUAUGCUCCAAGCUCUCGGCUGGGAUGUCACGAAAACUCGCGUGAUCCACUUGGACGGCGGCUAUCCGUCCCCUAUCGAUAAUCUGCAUCAGGGACUCUUGUCACCAAAUCAUAAGCUUAUCGAUGGAUCCAGUCUUAUAGGCAAGCGUCUGCACUUCCGUGGCGAUGUCAUGAUCGCGCCGUACGAGUUAUCGGGUCCAAUGAUGCAACACCUGAAUAACGAGGAGCCGUGCUUCGACUCGGAGCUUCUUAGGACUUUUCGCUCCCAUGCAUUGUUGACGUUGGGUAUAACACCGCAGAUAGAGCGAAGCAUCGGGCUAACAGCCAUUCGCCCUAUGAUUGUAACUGUGAUCACUCGUCGUCCGUACGGUGGGCGUGUAUUGCAGCGCGUGUGGCUGAACGAGGACGAGAUCAUGGACAAAAUACGCCUCAAGUACAAAGAUCUGAAUGUGGAGUUCCGCUCCGUGGAGUAUGUGAAUCUGACGCUGGCAGAGCAGAUGAAAACCACGAUCCAGAGCGACAUGAUCAUCAGUAUGCAUGGCGCUGGUCUGGUCAACGUGCUCUGGGCGCGUCCAAUGACGGUGAUAUUGGAGAUAUUCCCAAAAGAACGGUUCCGCUGGGGAUACCGGAAUCUUUGCCAGUUCGUGGGCUGCGACUGGCACCAAUUCCGUGGAGGUGAUGAUGUUGGUGAAAAUCCAGCUCCUAACUCUAAGAGCAAACGGAUUCCUUACGACGAGUGGGUGCUGUUCUUCGCACCACUAUUUAACAGUAGCUAUGAUGCGUUCCAGGACCAGCAGGCAGCUCUACGUGGAGAAUCAUCGUAG